GGAAAGUUCUGAGGACAUCACUGAGUUGCCCGCGGUGGUACCCAAUGUGAUGCUAACCGAUGUCACUUCGGUGCACGCCUAGACUGCAUCACCGGCGCGUGCACUCUCACAGUGCACGUUUUCUCAGCGAAGGUACCCGGGAGGACGGUUCAAUGCCGUUAGCCUCAUGUUGCCACGUGCUGGUGGCGGUUCUACACGAAAUUGUGCAGACCCGAACGCUGGACAUCAUCGGCUGCGCGAUAUUUCUGGCAUCUUCCAUCAUGGCGGUCGGGCUAGUGUCCCCUCUUGGUGACUGCCGCCUCGAGCGGCAGAAGAGAUCACUUACGGUGUCGCCGGUGUUGAUGCAGGGUCGCAUAGAACGGUCACGUGCUGCACGGACGCCGCCAGAUACGCGUUUUUUCCUCGUGCUAAUCAUAACAGCUUCCUCAGAUGCGUGCGUGACGGGCCCAUUUGUUGUCAGCGUGGCCGUUUUAAUUGGAGCUGCCGUCGCUGUUUGCAGAAAACAAAAACAUGGGAGGUCACGCUCGGUUACCUCACAUCACCUUCGCGCCCUUCUUCAUUGUUACAAUUGCAGGAAAUCCUUUGUGUGGGCCAAGUUAUUCGCACCACUCGCGCUUCUCUCUCGCCAUGCAUUAUGCAUUAUAUCCACGCCCUGUGUCAUAUUCACGUACCACAACAGCAUCUCGUAGCGUGCAGCGUUACACCCCCUGACAUCGGGAAAACGGUCACAUCAGCUGGCUAAGAUAUCCGCCCUCGUUGCCCGAGCUCCGCGAAACUUCAUUUCUAGCGCCAAGAACACGCCUGCGCACCGCGUCCCUCCACAGUCUACUCCGCUAAAUGGUUCCUUUCAUUGAUUCCCUGAAUUAACGACAGCAUGCCGCGUGGCAGCUCGGUAUAAAGUGUCGCUGCUCAUCAGCUCCCAGCAGCCCGAGUGUUUUGCUCGACGAUCUAUCUGACGAUCCCCUUGAUUCCCCCCCCACCGACAAAGCAAAAUGUCUCAUCGUGAAGUUCUUGGCGUUGUCGUCCUCGCUCGCAAUGGUGACCGCACUGAGGCCUACCAGGAC